CAUUUUAAAAGACCUCAACCCUUCUGCUUAGUCCUGCCUGUUCCUCUGAGGCGCCACCACCACCACCACCACCACUGCUGCUCCACAAGUAACAAGAGAAUCAAGGAACAUGAAGGGUCUCCUAUUGGUCGCGCUGUUUGGACUGGCAACAGCAUCAUUGCUGCCACCAAUUGCGAAUCUGAAACUCGUGGAGAAUUUCGAAGGAGAAGCCGUAGAGACAUCAACGCUAGAUGCCACAGAAAGCACAUCUGAGGACACAAGCAGCACUGAUACUGAAAAGACGACGUUUUGAAACCACAGGGUCCACGGAUUUUGAUAACUCUACACAGUACACCAGCAGCACUGAUAACUCAAAUUCCACAGAUACCCUGCCAACCACCACAGAUAUUACUACCACAACAGAGGGAUCUGGAGGCGAUGAGCUGAGCGAUGGUGCAAUAGCUGGCAUCGUGAUUGGCUCCCUUGCUGGCGUGGGGCUUAUCAUUGGUGGAGUAUACUUCAUGAAAAAGAAGGAAAUGCUGUGUUUUGGUUAGAUCUUCAACAGAACCUAACCUAACCUAACUUAACCUAACCUAACCUAACCUAACCUAACCUGACCUAACCUAACCUAACCUAACCUAACCUAACCUAACCUAACUUAACCUAACCUAACCUAACCUAACUUAACUAACCUAACCUAACCUAACCUAACCUAACCUAACCUGACCUAACCUAACCUAACCUAACUUAACCUAACCUAACCUAACCUAACCUAACCUAACCUAACCUAACCUAACCUAACUUAACCUAACCUAACCUAACCUAACCUGACCUAACCUAACCUAACCUAACCUAACCUAACCUAACCUAACUUAACCUAACCUAACCUAACCUAACUUAACCUAACCUAACCUAACCUAACCUAACCUGACCUAACCUAACCUAAACUCACCUAACCUAACCUAACCUAACCUAACCUAAAAUUACCCAACUUAACCUCAUGUAACCUGACCUGACCUGACCUUACCAAACCUAACCUAACCUAACCUAACCUAACUUAACCUAACCUAACCUGACCUGACCUAACCUAAUGUCGCCUGAACUAAUCUAAUCUGACGUAGCUUGACGUAACCCAAUCGCUUUCUCUCUCUCUCUCUCUCUCUCUCUCUCUCUCUCUCUCUCUCUCUCUCUCUCUCUCUCUCUCUCUCUCUCUCUCUCUCUCUCUCU